AACAAAGACGUCAAAAGGUUGAAGAAUAUCUAUCAAGAAAAAAGACCUUUUCUGGUGUGCCCAUUCAAGAAAACGAAGCAUCCAUCAGUAGCAGAACAAGGAGAGCAACUAGCAAUAAACUGCAAGAUAAAAUACAGCUCUUAAUAUCUCCAAAGACAGAAAUGGAAAAUAAAGAGAAUGCUAAUGAACUGUCAUGGGACCAGUCAAGUGGACCCUCAGAAAAAAAUGUUAUUUUAAACUCUUCCACAGUCACACUGACAAAUUCUAAACUAGGGACAAACAAUAUUCCUGAAAACCAUGCUUCAAAGUCUGAAGUUAGUGAAAUAAAAUCUCAGCAUGUGUCACUUACCAAGUGCUUCUUGCAAAUAAAAAGCAUAAAAGAGAAACGACUGAUGGCAGAAAAACAAAGUUCAAGUGUUAGCCUACCAAAGAAACCAGUGCUUGGUACGUAUCGUGGCAAAGUUAUCCAGUCCAAGAUAAACUCCUUCCGAAAAGCACCAAAAAGUGGUGGGAAAGAGCUUCUUCCUUCUGCCACCAAACCAGCAGCAAGUUCUUUGUCCAUGAGCAGCUGUAGUGCAGCUCUGAAGACCGUCAAAGCCACAAAUAACCGUAAUUCUGUAAAACCGAAUGGUGUCCUCCCUGUCCAGAGCAAACCAUCUGAUAAAGCUGCUGUAAACUCGCAGUCUGAUCUGAAGAAAAGGCAACUGACAUCUGUAGUGCCAAAGAAAGUAACAGUCCAAAAAAUGAAUGGUGGAAGGGGGCCACAGCCACUGAAGUCUGCUUCUAACAGUUCUGACCGUGGAGUACUAGGAGUGAAGAACGGUGGAGAUUGCUGUGAAGAUGCAAGACCAGGAGUUCCAGCAAAACCAGUUUCUGUUGUUCCUGGUACAAAGUUGGAACAGAAUUCUAAAACUAAUGGCAACAGAAAAUCUGUUAUGUCAAAAGAGUUAGCAGAAGAGAGAAGAGCUCGCCUGGAUGAAUGGAGGGCAUCUAGAGGAAAAGUGAUGAGGAGACCUCCUAUAUCUCUGCUUCUGGGACCCCAGUCUAAAGGCGAAGAAUCUGUUGAUUCUUUAGAGCACAUAUUACACAAUGAAAAGGUCAACAAGACUCUUGCAGAAUGUCUGCAGUUAACUGAACAGGAAUGUCAAGGAGAUGAAGUCCGUGCCAUGCUGGAAGGUCUGAUACAGAGCGUUCCUGAGGCUAAAAAGCUUGCAAAAUAUUGGAUCUGCUGUAUGCGUCUUGAACAGAUGGGCCCUCUUGAAAAGCUUAUUGCUGUCUAUGAGGAGGCCAUUUUGGCAGGAGCAGUGCCUAAAGAUGAACUGCGAAACACACUAAUAGAUACUAUGAAAAAUUUUGGAAGCCUUUUUAAGUCUGAGGAUGGGAGAACUGUGAUAGACACUCAUUUAAGCGAGGUAGUGGAAGUCAGCAAGGAACCAAAUCCAUCUGUAGAGCAGGUUCAGGAGGCCUCCAAGGAUAUCUGCUCUGAUGAUGACCAAAAAGCAGAGAGUGAUGACAAGAAGGCAGAGAUUAGCAGUGAAGUGAACAAAAAAGAAGUGGAUUCAGACUUGAAACCAAUAGAAGAGAUCUUGCCGAAAAAGAAUAAAAAGCACAAGACUAAAGAACGUACAAGAAAGAAAGGAAAAUGUGAAGCAGAAGAGAAGCAUGAGGAUGGCGUAAAAGAUAUAGUCCAAGUAGUUAAUUCUCCUGAGAAGGACACAUCUUCUACAGUAAGAUGCAAUCCACCUACCACUCCAUACUUGGAAAG